AUGGUCGUCACUCCUAGGAAGCUCCACAAAUAUCGCAGAGACGACCUUGGGGAUAUGGAGGUCAUGUCGAUAGCCGAUCACGAGCGAGCCCAGCAGCAACAGCUGGACCGCAUGAUGGACUCGGCCGUUGACCAGCUCGAAGCUCUUACUGACCCCACCAUAUCACGAACAGGCAUGAAGCAGUUGAUGCUGAGAUCUGGCGAGACAAAGUUGGAUGACAAAUUGCCAUUCCACUUUGACUUCGAGCCGCCCACCACCAGCCGGACCUGGCCUGGGCUCAAAUACGGCCUUCAUUCGCUCCACAAGCGCUUGCAGAAGCCGAUGAAACCGAGGCCAUCUUCGGUCAGAAAGCACUCGCGGCAUGAUGAUUCACGGCAGAUCAUACGACCUAAGAAGGUACCGUCAACCAAGAAGAUGAAGCAACAGACCGACUUGCCCUCAGUCAUGCGUUCAGUCGCUUCGAGAAACCCUCCUCUCCAUCUUCUUGGUCUGCCGGCGGAGAUCAGGAACUCGAUAUGGAGUCUUCUCGCUGUGCGUGAUGGCCCAAUCGAAGCUCAGCUGCGGCAGAUUCAACCGUGCAGAAGACUGAGCAAACUUCGUGGCAGAGUAAUCCGCAAGUUUCCGCAGAAGCCCGCGGUCGCUGGUGUCAGCCAUCAGGUACGAAGGGAAGUCCUGUCGAUCUUCUACGGUGCAAAUCAAUUCAUCUUCGAGAAGAAUGCCUGCAAGCUGUUCGAGGACUACAGCAUCACGAAUCCGAUCAUGAUGCAAAAGUGGAGCCCGCCAACUGACAUCGCAAACUUCAUGAGCCACGUGGACAUCAAAUUCCAUGCUUUUCCGAAGCGAAGCCUUGAUCCAUUGUCGAUCGUGUUCGAGCUGAGGAAGGUCCGAGAUGGGAAGGCGACGAUCAAAGUGGUGUUAGAGAAGGGUAAGAAGAAGAAAGCGGCCCAGGCUGAUCAGCUCUGCCUCUGCGAGGAACUGGAUGUGGUCGGUAUGGUACAGUCUGAGCUCGACAAGGAUCUGAUGCAUGUGGCUAUGAGUCUGGUCAAGAAGCGGAAUGAGACGUCAUUCAGCAGUCCGGCGUUGCCCAUGCUGAGCAAGAACGACAAACGCUAUCAACAGCGGGAGACUUGCACAAGGUGUGAGAAGCCGACUUUGGAGAUUGUUUACAGUGGGACGUGA